GUAGUACAAAAUGGCCACAGUACAAAAUAUAGAAGCAAUAAAUAUAAAAAACCACAUACAGAGAGAUGGUAUGAACAAUGAGAUCUCAUCUACUUCUAGUGAUGAGAAUCAAACUGGCAGAGUUGUUAAAUACAACAAUUAUAAUAAAAAACGGUAUAAAGAUUUUUCAUCGGACAAUGAAACCGACAACCAAAACUCAAGCCUUCCACAGAGGCAUCAUUACAAAUCUUUGAACAAUAUUAAUGAUUCAUUAAGAGAAUACAACCAGAACAGUAUCAACAGUAUAAGCAAUAUAGACCUAAGUCUUCACAGUAAUGAGAUAAAAAAGUUUGAGUCUUUCAGAAUACCGAUAGUAGGGUAUGAGGUCAUGGAAGAAAGAGCCCGCUUUACAAUAUACAAGUUGAAGGUUGAGGAUGACAAACGCGAUCAGUCAUGGCUAGUUUUCAGACGAUAUACCGAUUUUGUAAGGCUUUACAAUCGGAUUAAGAAUGAACAGCCUAAUUUGGUUUUACCGUUGCCUGGAAAGCGGUGGUUCCGGGAUAACUUUGAGCCAGCAUUCCUGGAAGACAGGGUUCAAGGCUUGCAGGUUUUUGUUAACAGUGUGGUGAGUAAAUUGCCAGAUCAUCCAGUAGUGAGGGAUUUCUUUUGCAUGGAUGAACCACCACAAGUGUUCACUUAUCAACCGGAGGUCCAGGCUGUUUAUGGAGCUUUAGAAGACUCUAUAACAACUCUGAAGAUACAGUUGAAACAAAAGGAUGCCACCAUAAUGCAUUUGCAGAACCGUCUUCUGCAAUUGGAGGAGCGGAUAAAGGUUUGCCCCAAUUGUUCAAGCCAAACAUAAUGAUGUACAAUAGUUAUUUAUGCAACUGUUGUGUAAUAAGGGGUAUUAAAACACGAAUGUGGUUUUAUAAUAGUAUCACAUGAGUGUUUUAAUACCUAAUUAUCAACAGUUGCAUGCAAUACUUUAUCUACACCCAUCAUAUGAAUCCUUUAUAAAAGAUUCUGAAAGAGCUUACUGCUAACAUUAAAAAUACCAGUUCUAGUAACCAUUACAUCAUCCAAACGAGUGUUGUAAUGAAAGUGGAUGAUGUAAUGUUGUACUGAAUUUCAUUACAACACUCGUUUGGAUGAUGUAAUGGUAAUUAGGACAUUGGGUGUUUUAUUGUUGGCAAUAAGCUAACUGUUGUAGAAUCUUUAGUAGAGGAUUUAAAGUAUGGGUGUCGAUAAAUAUUUAUAUUUAAUACAGGGUUGUGUGUAAAUACAAAUAGCUGUCAGGAGAAAAUGUUGCUGUGUACUGCUACCAUUCUGAUCAAGGUGACAGUCUGAGUCAGCUGUAUUUAAUACAUGGAUGAUUUAUGGUGUCUAAUUUGAGGUUAGUAUUAGGAAAAACAUUUUUUAAAGUAUGAGUAAUUUUUAUUAGUGUUUUACAUUAGAUGUCCCAUGUAAACGUGAUUUGGAAAGGAUUCGAAACGUCGGGGUAACUUUCACCAAAAUCGAACACUGUAAAAACUACACGCGUUUUAAUCCUUUAAAAGGUGUUAUAUAAAGGUGUUAUGUGUAACGCUCGCGUAAAUGAAAGAAAAUACUAUCCUCCUUAUUCAUAAUAGUCUGCUAACUUAAAGCAUUGCUAAUUCUCACUCUGUCUUCUAUUGACCUAAGUCAGUAUGAGAAAAAACACUCCUAAGCGGCUGUUUAAAGUUAGUGGACCAUUAUGAAUAAGGGGGUAUGUUGGUAACGUGUUUUACAUGCAACCCUAUAUAUUAUAGAAAACAACAGAUUUACAUUGUUAAUUUAAUAUUACUUAAUAUGUACUGAUGUUAGGUUCCGUCCGACUGUUCUUACACUGUUUUUUAUCAAAACUUUAUUUAGUGUUCACUUAUUGAAACUUAUUUACCCCGCAAACAUGGGAAAAAAACAGAUUUUGAAGUUAUUUAGGCGCGUUAUGAAAAAAUGAUGAGAGUGAAAUUCUAAGAUGCGCGCGCAUCUCUGUAACACAGGUUGAAGUUGGUUCCUAAAAUUUUCUGACGUUUGCGUAAUUCGUAAUUUUUUGGUUUCUUCGUCUAUUAUUAGGACAGGCAAAUGGUUCAAGCCAAUACAGCCGUAUUCGGUAAUAUUCAUUUAUUCAUUUCACGAUUUUUACAAUAUUGUUCUUUCUACAAACGUAGAAUAGCACGACGAAAAAAUAAUUUUAAGGAUUUGUUUUUUUACGCCAAAGAAGUAUAACUUCUUGCGUGCAUACAUAAGUAUGUCACCGCGAAGGUCACAUUCUUUGUGACCGAGGUAUAAGUUUGAAGGAGACGCUGUGUUACGCGUUACGUGUUUCUGUUAUAUACGCUCUAUUACUUAUUGUGCCUACUAAUGUUGAGUGAGUGUUAGGGUAGCUAAUAAUACUAUUAUUAUUUCAUUUGUUCAGGAUAAAAACGGUCACAGUUCAAAUACUUAAACUGUAAAUUGCUGAAAAUCUCGGGAAUGAUCUAGAAAGUUCCAGAAUAUGUGCAACUUAUGUGAAGAAUCUAGAAAGUUUCUGGAAUGAUCUAGAAUGUUCUAAGACUUUCUGGAAUGAUUUAGAAAUUGAUGCCAAACGGUCUAGCAAAUUUUUAAUAUUUCUGAAAUGAUCUGGGAAGUUCCAAAAUGCGCUGAAACUGUAAAAAAUAUCUAUGAUAUCUAUCUACUUUAGAAAAUGGAUCCUUGAAUAUUUCUUAUACCAUUAAACAUCCGAUGUAAUUUAACGCCGGGUUUUGCUUCUAGUUAUAAUAUGAAAGAGAUAGCGGUAAGGACAGCCGGGUACGGUCAAAAUGACAACGCGACAAUAACUUUAUUAUAACAAUAUAUAGUUUUAUUUCUAGUAUUUCUAAAAUACAAUAUUUUUUUUAGUGUUAAGAUCUGCAUUUAUCAUUCAUAUUUUAUAUAUUGAUUUUAUAGUCUUUAGAUUAGAUAUAUAAGAAUUGAAAUUUCAGUGAGGUACAGAUUUCAUUUAAAAUUUUUGAUUCUUUUAAAACGUAAAAGUAAAUUCUCUCCCUCGGUCUCGAAUAAGGUUCAAUCUGUGUGUACCUCAUUUGAAAGGAGUUCAUUAGUUAAUAAUUUUUUACCAAAUAAUUUUAAUUGAUUUUUCUUUAGCUGGAUUUAUUGGUCAUUACUUUGUAUUCUAAUAUUAUUUCAUUGUUACAAAUGACAUAAUGAUUUCCUGUUUUCACACUUCUAUUAUCUACUCGCAUAUCAUAAGCCUCCAUGAUGCAUUAUGACCACUAUAAAUUAUAACCGUUCCGGUGAAUCUAAGGCAGUAAUGAAAUGAUUUCUCGCAGCUGUCAUAGUUUUUUUUUAAUUCAGAGACAAACUAGAGUCGGCCGCAACCAAUCAUAUUUUUCGAUACUUUAUCUACAUCCAUGAUUUAAAUCCUAUUGCUCACUGCCAACAUUAAAACACCCAAUGUCCUAAUAACCAUUACAUCAUCCAAACGAGUGUUGUAAUGAAAUUGAGUACAACAUUGCAUCAUCCGUUUUCAUAAUAACACUCCUUUGGAUUAUAUUAUGGUUACUAGGCGUGGCUUUUUUAAUGUUAGCAGUAAGCUAACUGUUUCAGAAUCUUUUAUAUAGGAUUCAUAUCAUGGGUGUAGAUAAAGUCUUGUAUGCAACUGUUGAUAAUUAGGUAUUAAAACACUCAUACUAUUAUCGCAACCCAACACCAUAGUUGCAUUUGUCAAAUUUGUAUUCAAACUGACAUUUCAUUUCAAACUAAACGUGAUCUCGACUGAUAAUAGAAUAGAGGUCAAAUCAUUUUCUUUUUGUUUUUCAGAAUGUUCAAAAUUUGAAUGAAAUAAACAAUGACGUUCUAUACACAUAGACAAAUCAUACCCAGCCUGAUAUCGGAACGGUAAAAGUGUGCUUAAAGAUAAUUUAAGCACAUUUUUCCCCUUAGUCGUGUGUCUACUGCCAUUGACCGAAUCGAAUCUAAACUGUAUAUAUAUUUUACAUUGCUGCUUAUCUUUAUGGUGGUCAUAAGGCCGUUCCCAAUAUUCAGUCUAUCUCUUACUUGAGAUAAAAAUCGUAACUAUCGUUGACGUUUCUGUCCCAAUAAACUUAUCGACGGUAACUCACCUUGUCCGUGCACGCUGUCUGUCAAUUGGACGACGUAUAGCUUACCAGCGAUAUAAAGUUUGUAUGGAAAUUGCAAUUCACGCGUGCGAAUAUAAGGCGAUAAGAAUGACUUAUCGGGUAUAUUGGGACAGCUUCAGAUUAUUGACAGCAAAUUACUGACAGUAGAAGGUAGUAAUGUAUCUCUAUCUGUAGAUAGUAUAUUGGGAAGGGCCGAUAGUGUGCGGUUCUUGAACGCACUUUGAAGUAUUUAUGAUAUUUAAGUAUAUCAAAUAACAUAGCAUAGAUUUGUGCGCACAACAUAUUUCUAAUGAUAAUGAAAUUUCUAAGCUAACUGGACGCCAUUUUGUCAUGACCAACAUAACAUAUCGGUGCUGAUAUAAAAGCAUUAUAAAUGUGAUAAGUUAAUAUAAAUAAGUAUACAGGAUGGCCGAGAAGUUGACGUCCGAAGCCAAAAUUUGAAUUUGGCUCAUUUUAUUGGCCAAUGUUCUGGGAAGUUUUUAAUAAUAGUUAGAAGCCAUAGGCUCCCCAUUUUUUUUUUGUUUGCUUGAACAUUUUCAUGAAUUCAGCUGGAGCAGUUAUCUUGAACUUACGACUCAAUUCUAAACUAGUUCCGCAUUGUCUAAACUAUUCAUAGUUUCUUAUGUGGUUAUUGCAACUGUAGUUAAUAAUUAUCAACAAUAAAAUUAACUAAAAGUGUUCAAAAAAAUUAGAAAAAAGUCCUAAACCACAAUUAGGUGAGAAAUGCGGAUAAAAGGGGAAAAAAAUAUUAUCUCCUAAACUACGCAAAAUCGUAGAACAUACAUAGGGGUGAUUCGGAUACUCAUUUUAGAUUUCAAAUUUUAGCUUUGGACGUCAACUUCUCGGCCAUCCUGUAUAAAAAAACCUCGUUUGUAGUAUAUCUUAUUAAAUAGUAAUGUAAUUGGACAUAGAUUCUGAAAAACGUUCCAAGCCACAAACAUAACAUUUCAAGGAAUUCGUGUUUAAAGUUUAAUGAAUAUUAGUGUAUACAUGUGAGUUGGGCUACUAGGUCAUGAUGUCACGAGUUAGAGUGAUAGUAGGGCUGCCAUUUUUUGUCAGUCCGUUUAUAUGAAUCACGUGAUCAGUUUUGCGUUCUUUACUCAAUUUCGACAUGAUUGUGGUUUGGAACGUGUUUCUGGUAUUACGUCCGAUUAUUGAAAAAAGUGCAAAGCAAUAGUAGGUUAGGAUGUUGAUUUCUGUACCGUUUUAAAAAAAAUAAGUAAGCCGAGUCAUUAGAGAAAAGAAUCUUAAAUGGCGGGAAAUUGUGGAAAAUGAAACCUCCAUGAUUCUUGAUUUUUUACUCAUAAUUUUUUGUCAGAGCAGCAUUUGUCCCUAUAACACUGAUUUUGUCGCAUCCGCUUCAUAUUAGUACAAAUACAAAUAUUUUUUAUUCAAAAUCAGUUAUUGAACGUCAAAAACUACCACCCAUUCUAAAUAGACUGCCUCAGACCUGAGAAGAACGGGCGCAUGAAACUCAGCGGGUUUUUUUUUUUAUAAAAUAUGGAUUACAAUGUGAUAAUGUACAAUAAACAUUUAUAAUUAAAGUGCCUGAGGGUGUUCGCUUCAUUCUCAGUCUGUGGUGUCAUUAAGAAAAAUCGUACAUGCUAUAGUAACCUUUCUCACACAAACGUUUUUUUUCUACAAUCCGGUUGCAUUAUCUCUGGACCAUAGCUUUGUUACGGUGUGCAAAACAAGCAGUAGUGCAAAACAGCAGCAUGUAAAGGAGUAGUAUUAUUAUAUGUAAUGAUGAAAAAUAAACGAAAGCACCUAGGUUAAGUACAAAGUUAAAUAAAAACAAUUUAAACUAUAAUAGUACAAAAGUCACAACAUAACAAUGAAAACUUCAAAGCAGUGACAGCACGAAAAUAUCACGACAUGUACCUAACGGUAAUGAAUAUGCAAACCGUACUGACUCAAGGGGACGAGCGCGAGGGGGUGACAGGGGAACGGGAGGGGCUUUCACGUUCCAGCGAGUACCAGAGAAGAUGUGACCGUGUGUAGUAUAUAUAUAAAUAUUGAUGUAGGAUUCUUAAAUCUAAUAAAGUCCUCAGCUGAUAUUAUUACCUCUUCAGAACGUCAUUUCUUGAUGGAUUUUAAUAAUUUAAAAUAAAAAGAUAUCGAAUUAAUCCUCGUUAUGGGUACAAGCCGCCAUUUAAGAUUCCUUUCUCACUUAAAUAUAAAUAUAUUUUACAAUUCAUAUACAUUUCUUUGUUGUUAAUGUUAUAAAUGAUGAUCUCUAGUUUUACACACCCUAGCUAUUUGGGUGUCAACAAUUCCUAAUGAUUUUAUUAAUUAAAAUCGACUUUACUUACGAUUCCACGAUCGGUGAGUGCGCGGUCACGCCCCAUCUCGCACUACGGACUUGCGCUCGUAGUACGUGGCUCGACAGGGCGCGGGGCGCGGGGUGCACCAGCGGUAACACCGAGAGUUGCAGGCAGUUGGUAGGUUUUGUGUAAAUUGACUAACAAUCACCUCAAUUUAAUCAUCGGUACUAUGGGUCUAAUGCAAUGGUUUCCAAGCGAUUUCAACACCGAUGAAUCGUGAGUAAAGGCGACUUAAAUAAAUCAAUUUAUUAUUAUGGCAUAACAUGUUUCGAAGAGAUUUUGUUAAACUUAGCGGAGUUAAAACUAUAGAUAAUCAUUUAUUACAUGUAAAAUGUAAUAACAUUGAUUCAUAUUAAUAAAAUAGUGUUGUGAUAAAAUAUGGUACAACAUACUGUGCCUUAUUCAAUUUAUAAUAUACAUCUAAUUAUAUUAUAUUAAUGAUUUCAUAUAUUUGUGACAAAAUGAAAAAUUUACAGCUCUCUUGGGAUAUAAAUGUGUAAAAUACAAUAUGAUAUGUAUUUGUGAAUUUAUUAUAAUGAAUUGCGAUGGAUAUGUGUUAUUUUUUAAUUAAGUCUGUUUUGUACUUUAAGGAAGGUGUGUGCGCUUUUUUUGAAGGUACCCAUGUCGUAUAGUCCCGGAAACACCG